CUUCAGACGCAGCAGCAUCACAGCGCUCGGCUGGCUUCCACUGCCCUUUGACUGACAGCACCCUCACACACAAGCUCACGGUCAAGUAGGAGCUGCAGCAAAGGGGCUACUCGACACUGAAAGAGACAAAGCAGAAAGCAUGAGUUCAUGCAGCACAGAUGUUAAGGAAAAUCGCAACUUGGACAACCUCUUCUCCAAAGAGGGGGUUGCAGCUGAGGCUGCUCAACUCCAUAAUGGGUGUACUAGGGGUGGGAGGAAACGUCCCUUAGAGGAGGGCAAUGAUGGGCACACACAUUCCAGGUACAGGCCCAAGAAGCGUAAGAAAGUCCCUCGGCCCAUUUUGCCCAAGAAUGCUCUUAUGCAGCUGAAUGAGAUCAAGCCAGGGUUGCAGUAUAAGCUCCUCUCUCAGACUGGGCCAGUCCAUGCACCAGUGUUUGUGAUGACUGUGGAGGUCAAUGGGCAGCUGUUUGAGGGUUUUGGUUCUACCAAGAAGAAGGCUAAGCUGAAUGCAGCUGAGAAGGCACUGCGCUCCUUUGUCCAGUUCCCCAAUGCAUCAGAAGCCCAUGUGGCCAUGGGCCAGACUGGGUCUGUUCACACAGACUUCACCUCAGACCAUGCCGACUUUCCGGAUAUGCUCUUUAAUGCAUUUGAGACAUCCACACCUACAGAAGACACUUUUUACCUUGGUUCCAACAAUAAUAGUUCCUUCAGUUCACUGGGAAUAGAGUACCGAUUGCUACCCUCCCCAGGCCCUAACCUGGCCCAGUUUCCCUUAGCUCCAGCACCCUCCACCUCCAUCUCCCUGACAGCUGGCAAGAAUCCUGUCAUGUUUCUUAAUGAGAUGCGGCCAGGCCUCAAAUAUGACUUUGUGUCAGAGAGCGGGGAGAGCCAUGGCAAGAACUUUGUCGUGUCAGUGACGGUAGACUCUCAGAAUUUCCAGGGUUCUGGGCGGAAUAAGAAGCUGGCCAAGGCUCGGGCUGCCCAGGCUGCUCUGUCUGCUCUCUUUAAGAUGCAGCUGCACCAGGCACCAUCACAACAACCAAUACCCAGAAAAGGACUGCAGCUUCACCAGCCACAGGUCCUUGCAGACACCGUCUCUCAUCUGGUUGUUGAUAAGUUCAGCGAACUAACAGAUAACUUCAUGUCUCCACACGCUCGAAGAAAAGUCUUGGCAGGUGUUGUCAUGACAACAGGUACAGAUGUAAAGGAGGCUCAGGUCAUCUGCAUAUCCACAGGGACAAAAUGCAUCAACGGUGAAUACAUGAGUGAUAGAGGUUUGGCCCUCAAUGACUGCCAUGCAGAGAUUGUAGCUCGUCGAUCUCUCAUCAGGUUCCUGUACUCCCAGCUGGAGUACUUCCUCAGCAACAGUGAAGAAGAGCAGCAGAAAUCCAUUUUUACCUGGGGCGAUAACAGACAAGGCUUCAGAGUUAAGGAAAAUGUCCAGUUCCACCUGUACAUCAGCACUUCCCCCUGCGGAGAUGCACGCAUCUUUUCACCUCAUGAAACUGGAGUAGAGGAUCAAGAAGACAGACACCCAAACAGAAAGGCACGUGGGCAGCUGCGCACUAAAAUUGAGUCUGGUGAGGGAACCAUUCCUGUGCGCUCCAGUAACACCAUCCAGACAUGGGACGGGGUUCUUCAGGGAGAAAGGCUGCUUACCAUGUCCUGUAGUGACAAGAUUGCGAGGUGGAAUGUUGUCGGAUUUCAAGGUUCUCUGAUGAGCUACUUCACAGAGCCCAUCUAUUUCUCCAGCAUCAUCCUGGGCAGCCUGUACCAUGCUGACCACCUUUCAAGAGCCAUGUACCAGAGGAUUAGUGAGAUUGAAGAGCUACCGCAGUCCUUUAGCCUGAACAGGCCGCUGCUCAGUGGAAUAAGUAACACAGAGGCUCGUCAGCCAGGAAAAGCACCAAACUUCAGUGUGAACUGGACGGUCGGAGACCAGAACUUAGAGGUGAUCAACGCGACCACGGGGAAAGAUGAUCUGGGUCGACCCUCCAGGCUUUGCAAACACGCCCUCUACAGCCGCUGGAUGAAUCUAUACCGCAAGCUCUCCUCCAUGCUGCGAAUCAGGACGGCGAGGCCCAGCAGCUACCAUGAGGCCAAACAGGCGGUGAUGGAGUAUCACUGUGCAAAGCAGGCGCUCUUCAGGGCCUUCCAAAAAGCUGGACUGGGUGCCUGGGUGAAGAAGCCUAUAGAGCAGGACCAGUUUGCUCUCUCCAUCUGAGU